GUAAUACCAAAGCAAUUAUGUUAUAACGCUGGCAUUGAUGCCACGGACGUAUUGAAUCGCCUUCGCUGUGAACAUGCUAGAGGUGGGAAGUGGGCUGGCAUCGAUAUUAAUGCAGAAGAUGUUCGCGAUACUAUGGAUGCGUGUAUUUGGGAGCCUGCUGUUGUAAAAGCGAACGCAAUAAUCGCGGCGACUGAAGCAGCGUGCCUUGUUCUGAGCAUUGAUCAGACUGUGAAGAAUUUUCGUGCACCAGAUGGCGGCCAGUUACCAGAUAUGUAA